AAAAAUAUUUAAAAUAAUUUUAUAUGUGAUAUCGUUUUUUAUCUAUCAUUAAAAAUCAUUGUAUUUUAUUCAUAUAGUUUUAGACAACAAAAAACUAAAUAAAUUUCAACAAUAAUGUUAAACUUAUUAAAGGAUGUGAUCGGUUCGGUAUUUGUCCACUUUAUGCCACCCCUGCCUCGUAAGUCCUAUACAUACGAGUCCGAUGAUGUGGCCAGUAAGUACACAUUAAGGCUUAACCAGGGAUCUGAGUGGCAACACUGUCAUCGAUAUCCUGAAAAGUUUGAGGCCUUUUUCACCGAAACCAAAAGUAAUAACCGUAUAGCAUGUCUAUACAUAAAGUCGUGCGACAAUCCCAAGUACACUAUACUGUUCAGUCACGGAGGAACUGUAGAUCUGGGAAAUUUAUGCAACUUUUUCUAUACGCUUGGAAUGAGACUUAAUUGCAAUAUAUUUAGUUACGAUUAUUCGGGUUUCGGUGAGAGCACCGGUAAACCAACAGAGAAGAAUGUCUACGCCGAUGCUGAGGCCGCUUGGGAUGUCCUCAUCAAUAAGUAUGGCGUCACUGCCGACAAAGUUGUACUAUACGGACAAAGUUUGGGAACGGCUGCCAGUAUCUACUUAGGCAACAAACACCCGGUGCGCGGUAUUAUAUUGCACUCACCGUUCCUAUCAAUUGCCAGAAUAUUUAUGCCUAACAUUCACGGCGAGAAUGCCAGCACUCGAUUCUAUGAUUCAUUUUCUAAUGUCGACAAUAUCGGUAAAAUUGAUACUAAAAUACUCAUAAUUCACGGCACUAGAGAUCUAGUAGUACCCCUGUCACACGCCCACAAACUAAAUGCCCUCUGCAAGAAUCCGGCGCCUCCUCUAUGGGUUGAGGGCGGCGGACACGACAAUCUCUAUACAUAUGAAGAAUAUUUGUUACGACUGAAAAAAUUUGUCGAUUUUGAUGUCAAUAAUAACAAUAGCAAAUAAUUUAUUAAAAGAUCUAAAUAUCUAUUCUGUAAAUUAA